AUGAUGCUCUUCGUGUCCACGCGAAGGGAGGAACCACUGGGCAAUUCUGGCACCCGAUCGGGACAAAUGGAAGAAUUACUUGCGCCCGCUCGACCAGUUCGAAGAUCAACAGGAGUCAAGCAGAAGCAUGAAUCCGAAUUGGACGCGUUUUACGAGAAGCUGGAGGAAGUAAUUCGCAACGAGAAGUCCUUCUACAAAUUCGUUAGCGGUGAUUUCAACGCAAAACUAGGAAAGGCUACAGAAGAGGAAUACAGGAUUGGAAGAUUUGGACUAGGGGACCGCAAUGAAAAUGAUAGUCGUCUCGCCGGGCUCUUGUCCGCUGCUCGUCUCAUUCGUGGGAAGUCUGUUUUCAUGAAGAAAGAUCAUCUAGUACCAUCGUUUUGUACUGGUUCUGAUCACCAUCUCCUUUAUGGAAAAAUACGACUUGGCCACACUACGGGAUUGAACAUCUGCUAUUGGCAACGAAGGAGAAAAGGAUUCGUCCACGAAGUUUGCGUACUCGAUGACUUCUUGUCCCGAGGUGAUUGGCACAUCGAGGAGGGCCCAAACGUGGACUGUGUAAUGCUGCUCAGACGAUUACGAACCUGUGCUGAACGUGCCUCGAAGCUGCGCACGACAAAAUUGGAUCGAAUUUCAAAGAUCACUAAGGAAUUGUUGGGGAGAAGAAGGACUCUGAGGCUUGAUCAGAAUGCAUCGCACAUUGAGCGAAAGGAAGGAUCCCGGAGCACUGGAAGACCUCGCGAACCGUUCUUAUCCACAAGAAAGGUGACCGAGGAACUACCGUCCGUUAUGCUUGCUGAACGUGUAACACAAACUAUUCGUCAAGAUCAUCCUUACGCGCUGGAUAAAACCCAGCCUCAAGAACAAGCUGGAUUCCCUCAGUUGUUUGGCUGCUUGGACCGGGGAACGGUAAAGAGGGUCCCGGCGGAUUCUCCGCGAAUGCCUCCGAGACAUAACGUGCCCAGUGGAUAUGCCGGCGGAUACGCGAACAUAUCUCGACGAGGUCACGCUCCAGUCGUUCAUGAAGACGCAGACAACCGCCAUAAAUGUCCUUCCUACCACAGAGACGCAGAAAACUGCGCAGUUACAAGGAAAUAUGUAAAGAAGAGUGGUCCGGUGACGCAGUGUAUGAUUAGCGGACACGCACCAUCGCUAAUUGCCUUGACGAGGCAUGACCGGGGCAUGCUGGAAAUUCCGCCGGGACCCUUUUUACACGCACCCGCUUGGACCACAUCCAGACCGUGUCGAGGAUCAUAG